GUUGUGCUCCGGCGGUCAGCCGCGGCGCUCGUCGGCCUCGUCGCUCGCCACUGGCCAGUUCCGCGCCUGCCAAUUGGAGUGGGAACGGAACGGCGUCCGGCGACCAGCCGCCUAAUAGGAGCGAGGCGAGGCGCGGCGCGGCGCGAGGAGCGGCGGCGAUGAGCGAGACGUGGGGCGAGCCGGAUGACGACUGGGGCUCGGCCAGCGCGGCGACGCCGCUGCUGGCGGCGCUGUCGCUGUGGUGCUGCGCCGGCGUGCUGGCCGCGCUCACCUGCUCGCCGCUGCGGCGCGCGCCCUGGCGGCCGCUGCUGCUGCUCUGGGCCGCCGCAGAGAUGCUGUUGCAGCUGCAGGUGCUCGCCGGCUGGAUCACGCUCAAGGAGCACGCGGACGUGGAGGUGGAGGAGGCGUGGGCGGCGGCGCUGUCGUGGCUGCUGGGCGCCACGCAGUACGCGUCGCUGUGCCGCGGCCCGCUGCUCGCCGCCGCGCUCGCCGCCGGCCCGCAGUUCCGGCGCGCCGUGCGGGCCGCCCUCGCGCCGCGCCCCGGGCUCGCCCACGGCCCCGACAACCACGUCCUGCUGGUGAAUAUGAACGAAGAAGAAGACAACACUUAGCAUUUAAAGCCUUGGGCCAUGUAUGCUGUCAAAAGGAAAUUUGGCCAUGUAUGCUAUCAAAAGGAAAUCGCUCUAGACAUCUUUAAACCAGCCAUUAGAUAAAGGAAACCAAAUAAAAGAAGUUAGCCUGUUAAGAAUGUUUAACAAUUAAACGGUAAUUGGGUCUAGAGUGUUUUUCACUUAUGCACCAGUUGCGUUUCUUUUCUAAUUACUUCAUAUUCAUCUUCUUAAGAACAGGGAUCCAUUUCAAAAAUAACUAGGUCAGUGUACUGACUGUAACAUAACCAUACUAAUUUUGCAUUUACCAGAGUACACAUCUUUUGAAGGAGAUAUUAAUAUCUGAACACCUCCAAGCUUUUUAUUCAUUUGGUUGUAAUUUUUCGUUUAAUUUAGAUGGCAUUAAGGUUUUUUAUGUUUAAAUAGAACCACGAUAUCAAUGUCCAUAAGGUUUUUCUGUAGAUGCACUUGCUAUAAGUAACAUAUUAGUAUAAAUGUUCUCAGUGAGCUGCAUAUAAGAGACAAAAGUUGAAAAUGGUAGCAUAAAUAGUGAGAGAAAAGUGACACAGUCAAAUAUCACAAGUUCAAUAGUAAAGUUUAUGAACAAAAACACUUACUUCCAAUGGGGUGCUCUUAAAUUGUUAAACUUACAUCGUAAUACUCCCCAGUAGUGAGUUUUUUGUUAUUAAAGUGUAUGGAUAUCUAUAUAAAGCUGUUUAACUCAAGGUGAGAUGUCCAUUUUAGUAAUUUUAUUUUAGAGGUUAAUACAAAUCAUGCAUAUACUUUUUUCAUGUCUUUUGCGUUUUACAUAAAUUAUAACAAUUGAGUUAAUUUUUUGUAAAUAGAGUUUCCUUUAGUUACCUUCUCAAGAAAUCUUUCAAUACAUUGCUCUAAAACAGCAGGAGACUGUUUUAACUAUUCUUAUGUUUGGUUUUAUGAAGUUCCUAUGUAUGAAAUGUUAUAAUGUUAUCUGAAAGAAUUUAUUCAAUUCUGUUAUCAAUCUUUAAACCUAGUAAAUUAAAUUAUUUCAGAACAUAUGUCAUAUAUUAUUUUGUUGUUUAUAUAGUUAAUGCUUGUAAUGGUUGGUUAAAUAUUCUUUUCUGUUUGAUGUCCAAACAUUUAGAAUAUUCUGCUAGCAGUUGUGUACAGUUUUGUCUUUUCUAUACAAGGUAGAUAUUAGUGCACUGAGAAUGAAGACUGUUGUUCCACUAUCUUAGGAAACAAUAUUCUGUAAAUGAAUUUUGAUUGUCCAUAACUUGAAGAAAUAAAAAUUUACAAUACUUGCCACACCAAUGAUGUUAUGUCAGUAUGCUAACUGCACAAAUAUGUGUCAUCUGUUAUAAUCUGGAGUUCACGGAGCAAGUGUCAAAGCAAGAAAUUAGGUGCAAUAGUUCAAAGAAAAAUAAUAUAUUAUCGGUCAUUGCCACUAUUAUAGGGCCCUAAUUUACUAACCAACUCCUUGCCAAGAUGUUUAUCAUCUCUGAUACAGUUCCUUUUAGUAACAUUACUUUAUAUUUUGGUACUAAAUGGACUUUAUUAAGCUAUUUUAUACCAUCCAACAACACAAUGUUUAUAACACUGUACAACACUCUAUUUUAUUAGUAAUUGUCUUAAUGUUUAAUCUUGAGUGUAAUAAUUUCCUUUGCUUUAUGUGUGUCAAUGUAAAAGCCCUUUUUUGUUUUGUAUCUGUCAAAUAUUUUUCAAUAUAACCUUUUAAUUUAUUAGAUUACUCAGAUAUGUAGUAACAAAAAUACUUAUUCAGGAACCUUCUCGUUUAUAUGCUUUAUGCUGACUUAUGUCUGAGAAGAGUUACCUCCUAAGUACAAUAAAUUAAAGAAAGAUUGUAAAGUAGAUUUUUCUGUUUCAAUUAGUGUCCAGUGAACAAUGUUGUGUUCUUAUUUACAGAUGCUUUUGUGCUAUUUGUCAAUUUUUAUGGGAAUUCGUACUAAUAAAAGAAAUUAGAAAGUGGUA